AUGGAGGAGGGCUGGGAGUUAUCUAAGUGUGUAGAAACAGGAAAAGAGGAGAAAGAAAUGAAAAAUGGAGGAAAAGCAGGUAGAGGACUGGAUGGGGAUGAAAAGAGGAAAAAGGGAGUCCGUGUCACCGGCGACCUGACAAACAGCCCAAAGAGUGUGAUACCGAGCCGUGGCGUGUCGGAGAACUGUUCGGCCGCACACCUCAGACCUCAGACAAGCCCGGACAAUUCAGAGUGCUGUCAGGGCUGGGAACUCUCAGUUUGUGUCCUGUAUACUCAAGGAAUAGCAAACCGGGAGUGGAGGGAGUUCGGUCGGACGGAAGUCAUAGACAACACCCUCAACCCCGACUUCGUCCGCAAAUUCAUCUUGGAUUAUUUCUUUGAGGAGAGACAGAAUCUACGCUUUGACCUUGGGUUUCUGGCCACCUGCACUGUCCAGGACGAGCGGCAAGGCAGACCGGGCGUCUCCCAGCCCUCGCUGGGCUGGAUAACGCCCUCCGUUUGGGAUGCUAUCGCCCGCCCGGAUCCAAAACACAUCCACUCAGCAGAAAAUCCAGAUAUCUCUCCUGUUGGGCAUCUCCAAAACACCUACCAUGGGGAGCCCAAAGGAGCAAAAGAGGGCUGGCGACUUUAUCUGAAACACUCCCGGAGGAAAGGGUUCCUUACCCUGUUCCAAAGGCUCGUGAGUGUGUGUGAGGACGUGAACCUGCUGAUGGGAUGCCUGCAUCCUAACGGCCAUUCCUCCGAUCGGUAUGAUUUAGACUGCAAGAGCGACAACCUCUCCAAGCACGAUUUCCUGGGCCAGUCUUUCUGUACACUGGGCGAAAUAGUUGGAUCCCUGGGAAGCCGCUUGGAAAAGCCUUUGAUUGGAAUCCCUGGAAAGAAAUGUGGGACCUUUAUAGUGAGAGCUGAGGAGCUGAGCAACUGCAGGGAAUCAGUGAUGCUACAGUUUUGUGGCAACAAGCUGGACAAGAAGGACUUCUUUGGAAAAUCGGACCCAUUUCUAGUUUUUUACCGCAGCAAUGAAGAUGGCUCGUAUACCAUCUGCCACAAAACAGAAGUGGUGAAGAACACUCUGGAUCCAGUGUGGCAGGCUUUUAAAAUUCCUGUCAGGGCGCUGUGCAACGGAGACUAUGACAGGAGCAUUAAGGUGGAGGUGUACGACUGGGACAGAGAUGGAGGCCACGACUUCAUCGGUGAAUUUAGCACCAGCUACAGAGAAAUGUCCAGAAGCCAGUCGCAGUUCCAUGUCUACGAGGUGUUAAAUCCAAAAAAGAUGGGAAAGAAGAAGAAAAAGUACCAAAACUCAGGAACGGUCACCCUCCUGUCCUGCCUGGUGGACACUGAGUUGUCCUUCCUGGACUACAUCAGAGGCGGGACACAGAUUAAUUUCACGGUGGCGAUUGAUUUCACGGCGUCGAACGGCAACCCUUCCCAGCCCACAUCGCUCCACUACAUGAGUCCGUACCAGCUGAACGACUAUGCCAUGGCUCUGCGGGCCGUUGGGGAGAUCAUCCAGGACUACGACAGUGACAAGCUGUUUCCUGCACUGGGCUUUGGUGCCAAACUCCCCCCGGAUGGACGCGUCUCUCACGAGUUUCCCUUGAACGGCAAUCCCCAGAACCCGUACUGCAACGGCAUCGACGGCGUGAUGGAGGCCUACUACCAGAGCCUGAAAUCUGUGCGUCUCUACGGGCCCACCCACUUCUCCCCCGUCAUCAACCACGUGGCCAGGUACGCGUCGGCAGUGACUGACGGCUCGCAGUACUUCAUCCUGCUCAUCAUCUCCGACGGCGCUGCCUCUCUGCCCAUGUCGAUUAUAAUAGUCGGGUUCGUCCCGUUCAGAGACUACAUUGACCGGCGAGGUAACCACAUCCUCAGCAUGGCUCGUCUGGCCAAAGAAGUGCUCGCCGAAAUCCCCGACCAGUUCCUCUCCUACAUGAGGACCCGGGGGAUCAAGCCGGGCCCCCUGCCGCCGCCCUACACCCCCUGCCCCCCCCCGGCCAUCCACCCCCUCCUCACCAGACGAGUCAGCCGGAUCUGA